AAUAGAAAAAAAACAAAACAACAAUUGACUAAACCCACACGAGCUUUCUCUGCAGCUGGAUACCAUGAAAGUUUUAGGUAAAAUAUCUGCAUUCAUAUUGCUAAACGCAACUUCGUAGUAGGUGCAUCUUAAAGAAAGGUACUUGACUUGACUAUUCGAAGUUGGUACGAAUUGAAGUAUAUCACCCCAAAGGGAAUGAGGAUAGAAAUUUCCACAGGAAUAGCCAAAGCAAUUACCAUAUGAUUGUGGCACAAUGUCUCUUUUAAGUCAAUCCGGAGAAAAAGUCAUGCAAUCAAGAAAGAGUGCAUAAGUUGGUUGCUCAUAUGAAGCAGAACUGAGACUAGGCCAGGCUUGCUAGCUUAACCAAGGUAAAAGGGUAUGGUGAAAACUAUGAAGCUACCUAUACCGAAGGAGGUCUUGAAGAUAUGGGAUGAAUGGAAUCUGAGGGGCUGUAUUCUCUUGAGCCUUGCACUUCAAAUUUUCUUAUUUUUUUUUGCACCACUCAGGCAAAAAUGCAGAAGCAAAUUGAUUGUAGGGUUGAUCUGGUUGGCGUACUUGCUCUCCGACUGGGUUGCUGCGGUUGCAAUUGGGGUAAUCACCAAAAGCCAGGGUAACCCUUGUGACUCUGGAAAGAAUAAAGACCUUUUAGCAUUCUGGGCUUCAUUUCUUUUAGUGCAUCUUGGUGGCCCUGAUACUAUUACUUCUUUUGCUCUAGAGGACAAUGAGUUCUGGCUCAGGCAUUUGAUUCAACUCAUUCUACAAGUCCUGGCAGCUGCUUACAGCUUCUAUAUGACACUUUUAGAAAACAAGCUUUGGUUCCCAACAGUCCUAGUGUUUGUUGUGGGAACUAUCAAGUUUGGGGAGAGAACAUGUGCUCUGUAUCUUGCUAGCUUGGACCAUUUUGGAGAGAUUGUAUUGCCAGAGCCCGAGCCUGGGCCUGACUAUGAAGAGGCUGUGGAAAUAUACUCUACAAUGAGGUCAGUCGAAGUUCCAACACAAGUAGAGCUGCCAAUAAGACCAAUGCACAUUGGGAAUUAUAGGAACCCCAAAUUUACAGUUGAAGGAGUUCUUAAAGAAUCUCUAGAUGACGUUCAGUUACUGCAGGAAGCAUAUCGCUUCUUUGAAAGUUUCAAAGGGCUCAUUGUUGGUUUCCUUCUGAGCUCCAAAGUUCGAGAACGCAGCCGAGAUUUUUUUCUCAAAAGAACCCAUGUUAGUGCUUUCCAAUUGAUAGAGUAUGAGCUCAGCUUCAUGUAUGAGGUUCUCCAUACCAAGGUGGUUGUGGCUCGUCACAAAGUUGGGUACAUUCUCCGCUUACUUACCUUCUGUUCAACAAUUGGUGCCUUGAUGUUAUUUGCUUUAGUUGGAAAACAUAAGUUUGAUACGUUUGACAUUGCGCUUACCUAUGCUUUGCUUAUUGGGGCCAUAAUCCUGGACACUCUGUCUGUGUUGAAUCUCAUUUGUUCAGACUGGACAGUCAUUGCCUUCAACAACAUAUGGAGCAGAUCAUAUAUUGGUGCAUUGAUAUUGAAACUCAAAAGGGGAAGGUGGUCUGGAUCGGUGUCCAAGUAUAAUAUGAUAAGCAAUUGCCUGGAUGAGCAUCCAGAAUGGGUGUACACUUUUGCUGGUUAUAUGGGCGUUAGAGGAAUUCUAGAUAAAAUAAAAGUCUGUUUUUUUUCAACCUCAGAGGCAGUCACUGAAGAUGUCAAGAAAUUUUUGUUCAAGCAGCUGAGGAUAAAAUCUUUGGAAGCAAACAACAGAAGAGCUGCCAUGGAGGCAUCUUCACAAAGAGGUGACUGGGCUCUCCUGCAGACUUCAAACUAUCUGGAACUCAAAUGGAGUGUAGGGGAAUGUCAAUAUGCAGAAAGUGUUCUUCUGUGGCACAUAGCAACGGAACUCUACUUCGCGAAAAAGAAGCCCAACGCUGAUCAGGAAAGAAGAGAAAUUUGCAAACUACUUUCAGAUUAUAUGUUCUAUCUUCUGGUGAUGCAGCAUAAUAUGAUGGCCCCAUUUUUGGGGAAUUGGCAUAUAGUUUUCCAGGACACACGUGCAGAGGCCAAGAGGUUCUUUCUCAAGCACAAAAUAACUGAUCAUGGGAAAGCUUGUGAAAAGAUUAAUGCUGUGGAAGCCAAAUUCAGAUCAGCCGCUGUGAAGGGUAAAAGCAAAUCUGUGUUGUUCGAUGCAUGUUUCCUAGUAAAACAGCUUGAAGAGGUCGAGGAAGACCCAUGGAAGCUAAUGAGCCGAGUGUGGGUGGAAUUAUUGUCCUAUGCUUCCAUUAAAUGUAGACCAAUUGUGCAUGCUCAGCAACCAAGUAGGGGUGGAGAACUUCUGACUUUCACUUGGCUACUGAUGAAUCAUCUGGGCUUGGGAACACAAUUCUAUGAGCUGGAAAACCAAGCUGGAACCAAAAUGGUGGCAGUUAAGUAAAGGAACCAAAUGAAAAUCAUAUGGGCUUGGCUUUUCAUUUCUUUAGAAGGGGAUGGUUGAAAUGAAUCACAGCUUUGUUGCAGUUUAUUUUCUUGAAAUUGUUGGGAUUUUAGGGUGAAUAAGAAAGUGAUUUUAUUUAUUCAGCAAUGGAUGGGUACUCGGCUUACUGGCCUUCAACAACUAGAAACUGUUUACUAGGCUUUUCGGCCUUUUUCCUAUUUUCUGGCUUAUUGGCCUUUUCACUCUUUUUUUUUUCCUUUUUUUUUAAUUUAUAUUUUUUAGAAGAACAAGAAAGUGAUUUUAUUAGGACUUUUCUAGAAGCCUACAAGAAUUAUGCCCUAAAGCUUGACUUUGUCAAAAUUGGUAGACAUUUCAUGAGUUUUCUUCUAGAUUCUUCCAAAUUCUUCAAGACAAGUGUAUAUUAAAUUUAACACUCCUCCUUAAUGCACACUUGGAGCUAUAUUGCUAGA